AAAAUUCAUCACCCACCAAAAAAAACAUCAAUCACAUCCCAAAAAUCCGAAAGCCAAAAAAUAAAAAUAAAAACCCAAAAACGAAGAAGCAUAAACCCUCCUCAACAAGUACUCUAUUUGUUUCCCAAUCUCCAAAACCCUUCUCUUGCUCACUUUCUCUCUCUCCUUUUGGAGGUUCUGAAAACCUUUUCUUCACUCUUCUCAAACCAAAAUCAAACAACCAUGAACUCCUUCGCCAACACCGCCGGUUUCGACAACCUCCUCCUUCAAACCCUAAUGGGUAGGCUCCAAAUCCGACCACCCAACAACAACAACAACAACAACAAACCCUUUCUCUCUCAAUCCCUCGAAGACUUCCUCCUCAAUUUCUCUGACAACGACGGCGACGAUGACAACGACGAGAACAAAACCCAGCUCGCCAAGGAAGAAUCCAAGCUCGAGAAGGAGAUCAUCCGGGUCAUCCUCAGCGGCAGAAUCGAUUCCCUCAAGCCCAAUUCGGGUCAGGCGGUGACUAUCGGAGAGCACCACAUUUGCAUCGGGUUCCACGAGGAGAAGGGUUCGGAUUAUCGGGUCUGGGAGUGGCACGGCCACAUCAUGCUUUUCGAUGAAGAAAACGGGUAUACCCCAGAGUAUAUAUAUGGGAAUUACUUCGAGAGGCUGCAGGGUAAGGCUCGUGGUGGUGAUGCUGGUCGUGCUGUUGAGGAGGAAGAAGAAGAGGAGGAGGAGGAGGAGGAGAAGGAGGAAAAAGUGGGUAAUUUAGGGCUGAGGGAAUUGAUCGACGGUGGAGAUUCUGCACAGGGUCGGAUUCUUCAUCGGAGCUUGAAUGCUGGCUCUGCAAGGACUAAUUAAAGAUGAUCGGGCUUCAGUUUGCAAAAGGUAUUUCUAGCAUAAAGAAAGGGAGAGGAGGUCAUUUGGGUUGUUACAUUAUAUGUGGUAUGUUCCGUUCUUAUUUUGAACUUCAAAUGCUUGUUUUGGAAAGUAUAAAAGAAGAGGAAGAAAAAGAAGGAGGACUGCAUUGUAAGACAUAUUUCUGUUUCUUUAAGUAGUUUUAAAAUUUUUUCUUUUUAAUUGGAAUAUGCAUUUUUUUUUUUUAUCAAAAUCUGUUAAUUUACUUGUUUGCUGUAAAAUUUAGCAUGGAGAAGUUGGCUGGUGAUGGUAUAUGCACAUCUAUUAUUGAAAUCACUUGGUUUAACUCACUCAACAAUUUUAUUUGAGUUGAAAUGUAGUAGAGGAAAUUAAGUUUGAAUGUUGAUGAUAAUGUCUAUCAUUUCUGAGCAUCUAAUAUUUGAUGCUAGACUUGUAAGAUAUGAAAUGUUUUAAAACUUAUCUAGUUUACAAGAAAAAUAUAAAAGGAGUAUUUUUCUUUGUUUAAUUAA